AUGCCAUUUGGCUCGCUCUCAGUCUCCAAUUCGGCCAUCCCACAGUAUGCGCCCCCGUAUCCCGUAGGUGGCAGCGACUACACGAGCGACAGUGUUGUCCUCGUUACCUAUCAAACAUCAGUCCAGUAUGUGCGCCAUCUGGUGCCGGAUAUGCUGGAGCUUGAGGAUGAGCCACACAUAACAGUGAUGAUUUUAACGCACACAAUGACCUCGUUCGGACCGUACAACGAGUAUGUCCACUCGGUCAAAGUUAAAUACAACGGCGACAGUUUUGACUACUUCCUGUCCCUGAUCCUAGACAAUGACUCGCCGAUACUGUGCGGCCGCGAGCAAUUCGGCUUCCCCAAGAAGUUGGGGAACGUGGUGUUAACGUCAAAAACGGGAUCGGCGGUCCUUCGCGGCUAUGUGGAGAGACCUGCAGGCCAAAAGAUUGUCGAAGUUGGGUUUCAGCCUGAACAGAAACUCAAGGCCACGGUGGAGAGAACGAUCCCGGGGUUAAAUUUGAGAGUCAUCCCCUCAGUGGUCCCAGGUCAGGGUCCGUCGGUCAAGGAAUUGGUGCCAGUGGACAUUAAGAUACAGGCAAACGAGGGUUGGGAAGGCUCUGGUUCAAUCUCCUUCCCGGAGCCAUCCAGGUUCGAUCCGAUGCACGAAGUCAAAGUUCUUCGAUAUAUCAAUGCGACUCUGCUGCGGAAUGCUGUCCUUACGAUCCGUUUGCCGACAAAAGUGUUCCAGCUAUAA